UCCCAGGCUCUCGCCUCUUGCCUUUUGGAGCAGCUCGACCCUUCCAAGCACUCCCUCGGCUAUCUUUAUCUCCUGGAGGCUUACUCAUCUGGACCAAUUUUGAGGGAGCAAGCUAGUGGUUAUCUUUUGACUGUUGUUGAAUUUAUCAAUUCCUGCUCAGCAGAACAGAUACGUUUGACACCUGAUAAAUUUGUUUCUGUUUGUAAGAGUUUCAAGGAUCAAGUUAUGCAGCUUCAAGUGGCAAUACAGGGAGUGGCUCCCUUGCGGACAGCUAUUCGUAAACUUCAAACUUCCUCUGAACAUUUGACUACCCUACAUCCAGACUUUCUUCUCCUCUGUCUGCUAUCAAAGUGCUACAAAGCUGCCCUGAGCAUUUUGGAUGAUGAUAUCUUUGAGGUGGAUCAGCCAAGGGACCUCUUCCUCUAUUGCUAUUAUGGGGGAAUGAUAAAUAUAGGACUAAAGCGUUUCCAUAAAGCCCUGGAGUGUCUUCACAAUGUUGUUACCGCCCCAAUGACAGCUUUAAAUGCAAUUGCUGUUGAAGCAUUCAAAAAAUAUAUCCUAGUUUCACUUAUUCACAAUGGGCAGGUUCCUUCAUUCCCAAAGUAUACCUCUGCAACUGCUCAGAGGAAUCUUAAAAACUACACUCAGCCAUACAUUGAUUUGGCUAAUUGCUAUGUGACGGGGAAAUUUUCUGAAUUAGAGACCUCCAUCCAGACAAAUAUUGAGAAAUUUCAAGCUGACAACAACCUUGGGUUGGUGAAGCAAGUUCUAUCUUCUCUAUACAAGCGUAAUAUCCAGAGACUGACUCAAACUUACUUGACCCUGUCACUCCAAGAUAUAGCUGGUGCUGUGCAACUCAAGACCCCAAGGGAAGCUGAGAUGCAUGUACUUCGGAUGAUUCAAGAUGGGGAGAUAUUUGCGACAAUAAACCAGAAGGAUGGAAUGGUCAGUUUUCAUGAGGAUCCAGAGCAAUACAAAACUUGUGAGAUGAUAGAGCAUAUUGAUUCAUCAAUCCAGCGGUUAAUGGGAUUGUCAAAGAAGUUGAGUUCAAUAGAUGAGCAUAUUUCAUGUGAUCCUGCUUAUUUGACAAAGAUCAGUAGGGAACGACAAAGGUUUGACUUUGACGAUUUUGAUUCUGUUCCUCACAAGUUUUUACAAACAUGAGUUGGUACAUAUUUGGAAAAGUUCACAUGGUGGUGAACAUUUUCAUGCAAACCUUUCUCAGGCGAUGUGAUGGCAUUUCACUGAUUUUGUUAUCCUUAAGUCUGAUGGACCUUCUUUUUUUACCCGCUGCUGCACAAAAGAUCUUGAUGUUUUGAUGUAACAGAUUAUGAUCUUCGUUUAUUCAUCUUUUCUGUAUGUCAGAAGCAUCAGAUUAGUUUCACUAAAUUGUUACUUGAAAAAAAAAGAUCAUCAGACUUUCUAGCAAUAGCUUCUUAUUAUGAGGUUCGUGGAUCUGCAGACAUCGGUGGUCUGAGUUUACCAGUGAGGAUCUUAUUUUGGAUGUUUCAUGCCACUCCCAUUCCGAUGGUAGCAAAGGUCGCUGUUGUGUUUCACAGUCUAUAACAAUGAUCAACACAGGUAUAUAAAUUGUUCUCAGAUUUAGACUGGAUCUUCAUUUGUAGUCAUGGACCAUCAUUAUUGUCCAAAGUUCAGGCGAGUUUGGAUCCAA